AUGACAACACGCCAAAGAGCAUUGUAUAGACCAAUAUCGGAUUUAGAAAUCGAAGUUAUUACUGGUCUUUACAAUCAGGCACGUUUAUCGGAUCCACAAUGUUUAAUACAACAACGUGGUGAUGCACUUGAUCAUGUGUUGCUUCAUGGAAUAAGCAGUGAUCCAUUGCCAAAUCCAACACCACCAUUAGCACAGUCUACCACAAAUUUCGAAUCGGUCGAUGACAAUUGUUUACUAUCAAUACCAUCUUUUAUGUCGAAUUUUCGUACAUCAUCAACUGCCCUAUCAUCGCCGUUACCCUCGUUACAACAAACAGAUGAUUUAACAGGUGAUGAACCUCCAUUACCAUUUAAAUACGAAGAUUUGGAACUAUCAUCGGUACAUGCACAAUACGCUGAUAUAAUUGUUGAAACAUUGAAAGUAAUAACAACAUUGCCAUUAAGAACGCAAUUAAAUGGCAAAGGUAUUGACACGAACACAUUAGCAGUAACAGUACUUGCACCAUUACCGGAAACGAAAUUCUCACCAACAACAACCGCUCCAUCAUUAUCUCUCGAACGGGUUGAACAAAGUACAAUAAUACGACCACGAACAAAUUUGAAUCAUUCUCAAACAACACGUAUUCCAAAAAAAGGUCCUCAAAAACGUACAAUAGAAAUAACCGAUAUUGAUGACAAAUAUGAGAUUGAAAAUGUAUCUCCUCCCUCCAAAAUACGCCGAUUGCCUCCAUCGAUUCGUGUAAAUUCCCUUAUUUCUCGUAUUGAAGAUGUUCUCAAGCCGUUCGAAUCAUACGCCGAACAAAAUAUAAUUUCAUUCAUAAAUAUAGCCGAUGAGGACGAUACAAAUAAUAAUGAACUCAAUUAA